AUGAUCGGCCAGAGGCAUCAGGGGCUCCAGUCUUCUCUCCCCUGAGCUUCAUCCGACUUGGACACACUCCAUCUGAUACCUGAAAGAACGAUGGAGACCACGUCUCCAAUCUCUUGGCCCCGGGGAGGUUGAACACAGAGCAGGAGCCUCCCGCUCAAGGUUCAACCUUCCUGAAGACAAUAUCUCUGCCUGUUCUUGUAGGCCAAUGGACUGCCGACACCAAAAUAAAUUCUCAUCGUUCACGCAAACCCAAAGCGACACCAGGGAUUAGCCUCACGCCAAAAUCGAACGAAAACAAUACAGGUUUUCCGUUUUCCCAAGGACUGGCCCCACGAGAAGAUUGCCGUGGUCAUCCCGCACAGGCCUCCCCCACGGGCAGACCGACAACAACACAUAUCCCCAGGGGUGUUCCAAUGGAGUCUUUGCGGGGGUCACACUUGGGCGACCCCAUUGUUAUAGAUGAUGAGGAGCGCUCCCCUGAUCAACUACGCACCAAUCCGUCCAUAAACGGCGUAGGCCCGCUGCCGCCGUUUCUAGUCCGCAGACGGGACCUCAACUUGCACCUAGAGCGGUUCGUGCCUCUAUUUCGAAUACCACAAUGGAGAGACACAGGGCCCGACGGGUCACCAGCCGGACUUGGGGUUCCGACAGGUACUAUCAAUCUUGCCAGUCGUGGUCCCAACUACGCUGCUGAACACCAUGAACGCCAAUGCACGAAGUCUGCAUCCGACCUAUUCUCUCUAAGGCAGUCUGGGCACUACUCAAGGAACGCGCACAUCCCUGACCAGGCUUCUACGCAUGGUUCGAAUUCGAACACCGGACCCGGUGGCUUUCCCAAUGGUGUCCCUGCUGAAAAUGACCGACAUCGAGGCGACAUUGAGAGGCAUCCACACCGCGUCGCGCCGCCCAUGCCUCAGGACAUGUCAAAAGGACCCAGGAUCUCGCCAGACGUCCCAGCUUCAGCAACCAACGACCAAGUCGAGAAGGAGGAAGACAACUGCGAGGAGUGUGCAGACACAAGCCAGCUCCCGCCGCGAGCAAAGGGUCGAGAGAGCACAUUGUCCAUCGAUACCAUCGACCUGGGACUUUUUGACGAGGCUCAGGCUGCUCCUACCGAUAGAGACUCUACUAAAGCGCCGGAGCCCGGUCAAGGCGAGUGGGUCCAGAAGUAUGAGGUUGACAUGGACGCGCUCAAGGCGCACGACAAGGCGAUUGCGAUGAAUCCACGGAACAAGUGCAUCUGUUCGAAAUGUGUACCCGAAGGCACGUGCUUUCGUGUCAUUCUGCGCCAUCAGCGGGUGUGUCGGCCGUGCUUGUUUGCAUGUUACGGAGGCGACAUGAGUAUUAAUACGGAAAAGGGGUUAAAGCAAGAACAAUGACAGAUAGUUGUGAGUGAACAGAUCAGCGUACGGCCAAGCGACGAGCGGCGUGACAUGGCGCUUCUUAAUACAAUAAUUUCAUGCUACACAUGCCCAGAGAAGCCACGUAGGCAGGG